AUGCUCAAGUCAACGUAUCGGCCUGCAGCGCCCACGCCAACAGCCUCCCCUCUCCCACCAGGCUGGACAGAACACAAAGCACCCACGGGACACACAUACUACUACAAUGCCUCGACCGGGCAGUCGACGUACACACGCCCAGCAGCGCCUUCAGACCAGCCACUGCAGAUCGACUAUGGCGCCACCGAACCCGACCAAGUCAUGCGCGCCUCGAUGCAAGCCAUGGACGAGUUCAAUAGGAACAAGGACAAGAACAACACCACCCACCCCCAGUCCGGGCACUUCACCGGCGGACAAAGCUACCAAGAUCGCUCGCGCAGGCGAGGCAACCAAGGCGAUCGACCGAAAUCGAAGGCGCCGAUCCCUAACUGUGCGCCGUGGGUCCUCGUGCAGACCAAGCUGGGGAGACGGUUCGUGCACAACACCGAGACGAAACAGAGUUUGUGGAAGUUCCCGCAGGACGUCAUGAUGGCCGUGAUCGAGAUGGACAGGAUGGAGUGGGAGGCGAAGAAGAAAGAAGCAGAGACCGAGAAAGACGGGACUCCCACCAAGGAGGAGCCGGCGCGAGAGAAGCCACAUCCGGCGGGUGAUCACGCGAGGACACCUGGGCCAAGGGCACCCACCCAGCCGCCAGGAGCGCACAGCUUUGACCACGACAGCGACUCGUACGAGGAAGUCGAAGUCACAGAUGAUGAGGGCGAGGGCGAAGACGAAGGCGCAGACGAACAUGGAGAGGGAGAUGAGCCAUCCAAACGACGCCGACUUUCUCAUUCGGCACACCCGUCCCCUCCCCCUGGGCCCCUAGAAUUCAACGAAGACGACAUAGCCUGGCAACUCGCCCAAAUGGAAGCCGAAGACGACGGUGAGGCGGCCUACGAACACGCAGACGGUCAAGACGCGGAUCCUGCCGAAGAGGACGAGGAAGGCCUGCCCCUGACCGAGGAAGAUACAGUCGCGCUCUUCCGCUCGCUGCUCGACGACUCGGGCAUCUCUCCGUACGCGACAUUCGAGAAACUCAUCGAGGACGUCCACGUGGUGGAAGAUCCCCGGUACGUGUCCCUCCCCACGACCUCCGCCCGCAAGGAAGCAUUCUCGCAGUGGUCGAAAGAUCGCAUCGCGCAGAUCCAAGCCCUCAAGAGGGCCCAAGAAUCCGAACGCUCCGCCAGCAGGCGCGAUCCCCGGGUCGAGUACCUGCGCUUUCUGCACAAGAACGCCACUCCGAAACUGUACUGGCCGGAGUUCAAGCGCAAGUUCAGACGCGCGCCGGAAAUGGGCGAUCGGAACCUGCAGGACAAGGAGCGCGAAAGGACAUUCCGGGACCUGGUGGCCAAACUCAAGCUGUCCGAGUCGGAGAGGAGGAAGGAACUGGUGGGCUUGUUGAAGGACACGGCGCAGAAAGACAAGGACGCUUUUAAAAGGGCCAUGGAGGUGGACGAAUUACCAGACGCCAUUCUCAGGGAUGUAAAGUUCUAUACGCUUGAGCAGGGACGACGAGAUGAGCUUGUACGGACGUUUCUAGAGACAAUGUGA